AUGAAGACGACAUCUGGAAUCUGCUUCGCUGCGUUGUCGAUGUUGCUAAACUGCGGGACAUCGAGAGGAUUGGAGGAGAACUACGCAAAUUUCAUAGUCAAAAACGGGAACAGUAUCAGAGAGGACGGUUUGAUCAAGAACGCAGAACUGUCCUGGGGCAAGUGGCAGCGGGACGGCGAAGACUUGGCCACGAUCAACAAAAUUAGAUUCAACACCGUUAGAUCGGCGAAUUUCAGGGCGUUGGGACGCGACAACAGCCCUACAGGCGUGGAGGGCACGUUUGAAAUAUACGAGGGUGCGAAGAAGAUCGCCAUAGUCGUGUUCAAUAUACCGUUCUGGGGCGCUAACGAACUUGAAAUUCGCGAAAUGGACGACGAAUUUGUCUGCAAACAGAGAGGCUUCACGCCCAAGGGAUCCCCGACUAUCGUCAUAAAGUGUCACAAGAUUUCCGGU